GUGACAUCGUGGAAUAAUUUCUGGGCGUCCAACGCACGCCCAAGCAGCAAGGCCAGGCCACGCGGGAAAGCAAAGCAGGAUAGACGAGAGGAGAUCUACGACUAUGAUGUGGGGUGGGGAUGCGGUUGGCUCGCCGGUUUAGGAAUGACGGCAUUACCCGGUUGUACACUAGUCGUUCGUUCCGGGGUGACGGUGGAUGCCAUGGAAAAUGUUCGAGAGUUGAUCGAUGUAUCGCUCGGACGUCUUGAUCUAGAGUGCGGAUCUGGCCCGGGAACCAUCGAGUUCGAAGUAUACGAACUCAUGGACAUGGAGCGUUCAUUGUCACGCCGUUCCGGAACGACUCGGCCUUGUGGGGUCAUAGAGCCUGCGUGGUGGUAUGGUUGUUGUCGAAAGGCGUUUGCUGAGGUGGUUGCAUUGGACCAGGCCUUGAAUCCAGACGCUGGGGCUGAGGAUACUGGGGACGGCCCGGGUAAGGGCGCGGAAGGUUUUGAGGAGGCGGCUGAGAAUGAUGAUAGGGUCCAUUUGGCUGCCGUUGCGGAGGAGGGUGAUGGUUAUUAUAUCCAUUUGGGGGGGGAUACCCAUAUCCGUCGGAGGACUGACGAAUCGGUGACGCCGCCGGCGGAGGAGCAGCUCGAGGAUGCAUAUAUGCUUCGCCCACCGUAUGGGAAGACGUGGUGCGGGAGCGGUCCUGAGCGAAGGGAGGAGUUUGAGAAGUCAUCGUCUGUGCACGGCCCGUGGGGUUCGCCCCGAAAAUCUCCGAGUAGGCAGCAUCACGCUGAAAAGACGAUGCGUGCCCAUACUGGGGUGGCCGGUCGGUAA